ACCCUCCUCUACCCUUUCACCUCUAUCUCCUUGUGAGGAGGAAAAUGUACUCCAAAGGGAAGAACCUUUAUAAAGAUCUUUCCCUUACCAUUCUAAAUGCCAACCAAUUUUCUUUCUUUCUGAAGUACUGGGGUGGGGGUUGGAUUUUAAAAAGCAAGCACAAAUUGGUAGAAAGACUCUUCAACCCCCUAAUGAGGUUCAUGUAUUAACACUCAUGUUGUCUGCACCAGCUCCUGCACACACUGUCUGCUUUUGGGUUCGAAACUUUAUUUUUCUCCCCUAGCGACACUCCAGGGAAACCUUAACAUUACAGAAGAUGAAUAAACGAGUUUUUUUCCCAGCGUAGUCCCGUUUAUGGCUUUAUUGCUACCCAUUGAUUACUCCGCUUUGUUACACAGAAGGAAAAGAUCAUAAAAUCCGGGCGACAUCCGGGUUCUUGUUAUAGUCAGUGCCCCCCCGCCCAAAAAAAAGUGAGGGAAAAAUAUGAGCUUUCACUGCUACAUGUGCACGCCCCAGUACCCUCUUUGUCAACUCAAAGCAUUUUCUGCCCAUGUCACGAUAUCAAAUUAAGUUUGGAUCAGGGGAAAAUCUGCAUCUGCACACCUUCGUCUGUUUCACUUCGCCCACUGCAGCACCUUCUGAAGCCUGGGACCCAGCUGCCUUUUCUAACAUUUUAUCCCUUUUUUAGUCCCAAAGUCAGGAAAAACUGGGCUAGAGGCUGCUGAGGGUCCAGGGGUGACUGGCACUUGGACAAGAACUCCCCUGGAGCCCUUUGCCAGAAUCCUGGAGCCUCAGAACUCAGGUCCAGGGGCGCCUCCCCUGGCAGGGCAGUGAAUCCAGAGGGGCUGGGGGGCUUCUGACCUCUGCAGGCGCUUGAGCCUGCACGAAGCUCGCUGUCCAUCAGAGCGCCGCCAGUCUUCUCUUUCUGGCUGGAUCCUGUGUGAAUUACCCCACCGGCCAUGGCUGGCUCCAAAUCAUAAAUUCUCACCAACAUAAACAGGAGUUGAUGUCUCUAAAAAGACUCAGUUUUCUUUCUCCUCCCUUUCUUCUGCCUCUUUUCCUGUCUUUCCUAAUGUAUUUUUAUACAUUUUCCCCAGUACACAAAAAUGCUGCAAGAGUUUCCCCAAAAAGAGCGUCCUGAGGAGGAGGCAGGAAGGGGCUGGAGGCAGGAGAGUUGCUCCCUUGCCCACUUGAGCUUUGCCACUGUGGGCUGUUGUUUCACCCCCACCCCUUUAAACUUCCCGGGUCCCCACAUCACUCUCUAAACUUGACUCAGUCAUACCCUCCGUCCUCUGGGUGCCCUGCUGUGUGAAAUUUCUUUCUCCUUUUGAUUUUUUAAAAUUUUUUAAUUGUUGGGAAAAAAUGCAUGAGUUCAGUGAUGGAGACUCACUCUAUGGAGGGUCAAACCAGGAUUUGUUACAGUAUUUCUGAGAAGCCCCUGAGCUGGGAGGGAGGUCUUCCUAGGAAGAAAUCAGGAUGUAAUUUUAGAAUGGAGGAAAUACUAAAGAUGAAAUUGGAUUGAAAAUACAGGGAUUUCUCCCGCCCACACUCUGGCCACAGCAGAGCAAAGUUAGCUGGGGCUGAGAGAUUUCUUGGAGUGCAUCUCUCUUUCUGUGGGCUCGAGGCCCUGCUCAAGGACAGGCACCCCUCUUUCACCCCCAAACCUGUUCCCUUACACAUAUAUUUUAAAAAGAAACCCAAGUCUUACUUUCAAAGCACACACUUAGUCUCAACUAGGGAAUCAACAGAAGCAGAAGCGAUUUUUUUCCCCCUUCUUGACAUCUGGCUUGUGAUUGGCUGGAAGGGGGUCAGCUGACUUUGUCAUUUUGUCUGUCCUGGAUUGGAGCCGUCCCUAUAACCAUCUAGUUCCGAGUACAAACUGGAGACAGAAAUAAAUAUUAAAGAAAUCAUAGCCCGACCAGGUAAAGGCAAAGGGAUGAAUUCCUACUUCACUAACCCUUCCUUAUCCUGCCACCUCGCCGGGGGCCAGGACGUCCUCCCCAACGUCGCCCUCAAUUCCACCGCCUAUGAUCCAGUGAGGCAUUUCUCGACCUAUGGAGCAGCCGUUGCCCAGAACCGGAUCUACUCGACUCCCUUUUAUUCGCCACAGGAGAAUGUCGUGUUCAGUUCCAGCCGGGGGCCGUAUGACUAUGGAUCUAAUUCCUUUUACCAGGAGAAAGACAUGCUCUCAAACUGCAGACAAAACACCUUAGGACAUAACACACAGACCUCAAUCGCUCAGGAUUUUAGUUCUGAGCAGGGCAGGACUGCGCCCCAGGACCAGAAAGCCAGUAUCCAGAUUUACCCCUGGAUGCAGCGAAUGAAUUCGCACAGUGGGGUCGGCUAUGGAGCAGACCGGAGGCGCGGCCGCCAGAUCUACUCGCGGUACCAGACCCUGGAACUGGAGAAGGAAUUUCACUUCAAUCGUUACCUAACUCGGCGCCGGCGCAUCGAGAUUGCCAACGCACUCUGCCUGACCGAGCGACAGAUCAAAAUCUGGUUCCAGAACCGCCGGAUGAAGUGGAAAAAAGAAUCUAAUCUCACGUCCACACUCUCGGGGGGUGGCGGAGGGGCCGCCGCCGACAGCCUGGGUGGAAAAGAGGAAAAGCGGGAAGAGACAGAAGAGGAGAAGCAGAAAGAGUGACCAGGACUGUCCUUGCCAACGCUCGCUCCCCCUCGCUCAUCCCAGCUCUCCCCUAAUCACGCGCUCUGUAUUUAUCACUGGCACAAUUGAUGCGUUUUGACUCCCUAACACAGAAUUAGGAAGUCAAAAGUGGACCUGAAAGUCAGCUCUGGACCCCUGCCUCUCCGCAGAACUCCUCACCACGCACCUCCUCCUCUUAGCUCCUUCUCGGCCUGUCUGCAAGCCCCUUCCCCGCCCAGGCCUGGGGGGCACGUUCCCUGAACCUCGCUUCAGACUCCACAGAUUUCCCUCCAAAUGAGGUCGUGCCCCCCUGCGCCCCCUCGCCCAGAGAGCCGGCUCCGGGCCUGGGGCCUCUGCUCUGGGGCCUCAGGGCCCGGCCUGGCAGCCUGGGAGGGCCGGAGGCCCAAGGAGGGCGCGCCUUGGCCCCAGGGAACCCCCAGGGCCUCCCCGCAGCCCCUGCCCGGCCCCUCUGCCCCAGCAAAUGCCCAGACCAGGCAAAUUGUAUUUAAAGAUUCCUGGGGGUCAUUAUGGCAUAUUACAAACUGUGACCGUUUCUGUGUGAAUAUUUUUAGCUGUAUUUGUGGUCUCUGUAUUUAUAUUUAUGUUUAGCACCGUCCGUGUUCCGAUCUCAUUUUAAAAAGGGGAAGAAAAAAAAAAGAGGG